GCGGCGGCGGGGGCCGCAGUGGCGGCGGGGGCUGCCCGGGCGGCGGCGGGGGCGGGCAGCCGGGGACGCGGUCCGGGUAGCGCCGGGCCGAGCGCGGAGCCAUGGGCCGGGCUGGGACCGGGACCGGGGGCGCGGCAGUGGCGGUGGCAGUGGCGGGGCCGCUGCUGCUGCUGCUGCUGCUCGCUCGGCCCCCGCCUGGCGCCGCCGGCGACAGCCAGAAGGGCGACGUUAGGCUGGUGUCCGAGCAGUUCUCGCAGUCCCCACAGAAGCUGUCUUUCUACAGCUGGUAUGGCAGCGCCAGACUCUUCCAUUUCCGGGUGCCCCCAGAUGCCGUGCUGCUGCGCUGGCUGCUCCAAGUGUCCUGGGGCAGCAGCCCCACCUGCACCAAUGUGGAGAUCACUGUGUACUUCCGUUAUGGUGCCCCUCCUGUCAUCAACCCACUGGGCACCAGCUUCCCCGCCAACACCUCCGUGCAGCCCUCCUUCUUCAUCAAGAUGCUACAGAGCAACGCCUCCGUCAACAUCUCCCACCCAGCACCAGGGGACUGGUUUGUGGUUGCCCACCUGCCUCCCUCAUCCCAGAAGAUUGAGGUGAAGGACUUUGUUCCCACCUGUGCCUACGUCUUCCAGCCUGACAUGCUGGUUGUGCGGGUGGUCGAAGUCUCUGUCCUGGAGCCCGACGUGCCCCUUCCACAGAACCUCCUCUCCCACCCCAGCUACCUCAAGAUCUUUGUCCCCAAGUACACCCAGGAGCUUCGGCUGGAGCUGCAGGGCUGUGUGUCCAACGGGAGCUUAGGGUGCCCCGUGCGCCUCACAGUGGGCUCGGCUACCCUGCCCAGCAACUUCCAGAAGGUGCUCACCUGCACUGGCCCCACCCAGGCCUGCCGCCUGCUGCUGCCUUCACCACCGUGGGACCGAUGGUUGCAAGUGACGGCCAAGAGCCUGGCGGGGCCCCAUGUGUCAGUGGCUUUCAGCGCUGUAGCUGCCCUCACAGCCUGCAGGGUAUGGAAUAUGAAUGUCCAGCCCCUUUUGCCAAGCAGCCUGAACCAGAGCUGCAACAUCUCCACUGGUCUGAUGUCCCCAAGCCCCAGCUACCAGGACCAGGGCAGGAACAGCAGACUGGGCAAUGGUCCCUUCUGCCUCAUGAGCUACGCGGUCACACGCGAAGACGUGGAUGUGGUGUCUGUGCGCUUCCGGCCCUUGGACAGGGUCUUGGUGCUGGUGCAGUCGGACACACCCUCGGUCAUGCAGCUGUACCUCAACACAGGCAUGGACAGUGGGGGCUCCCUCACCAUCUCCCUGUGGGCCAACCAGAGUUUGAUUACCAAGAACUCCUGGGUAGUGGCCUGUGUGAAUGCUGCCUCGCCCUUCCUCAGCUUCAACACUUCACUUAACUGCACCACAGCCUUCUUCCAGGGCUACCCCCUGUUUCUGAGCGCCUCGUCUCGGGAGGCCAACCUCAUCAUCCCUUACCCAGAGACAGACACCUGGUACCUCUCCCUGCAGCUCGUGUGCCCUGAGAGUCCUGAGGAGUGUGUGGAGGCUGUGGUCUUCGUGGAAAGCGCCUUGUCCUUGGUGCCCUGCCUGCACGACUGUGGACCUUACGGCCAGUGUCUCCUGCUGCGCAGACACGGCUACCUGUAUGCGGGCUGCAGCUGUAAGGCAGCCUCAGCCCCUUCGAUGUCGCGUCGGCCCACAGGCUGGCGUGGGUGGAGCUGUACGGACAACAGCACUGCACAGACUGUGGCCCAGCAGAAGGCAGCUGCGCUCCUGCUCACCCUCAGCAACCUCCUGUUCCUGGCUCCCAUCGCCGUCUCUGUGUACCGGUCCCUCCUGGUGGAGGCUGCCGUCUACACCUACACCAUGUUCUUCUCCACGUUCUACCACGCCUGUGACCAGCCAGGGGAGGCCGUGCUGUGCAUCCUCAACUAUGACACCCUGCAGUACUGCGACUUCCUGGGCUCCGGAGUGUCCAUGUGGGUCACCAUCCUCUGCAUGGCGCGGCUAAAGGCAGCCCUGAAAUAUGUGCUGUAUCUCCUGGGCACGCUGGUCUUCGCCAUGUCCCUGCAGCUGGACCGCAGGGGGGCCUGGAACACGAUGGGGCCCUGCCUCUUUGCCUUUGUGGUCAUGGUCACCAUGUGGGUGUACCGCUGCGGGCACCGGCGUCAGUGCUACCCCACCUCCUGGCAGCGUUGGGUGUUCUACCUCCUGCCUGGCAUCUCCAUGGCCACUGUGGCCCUCGCCAUCUAUACCUCCAUGAUGACCAGCGACAACUAUUACUACACCCAUAGCAUCUGGCACAUGCUGCUGGCAGGGAGCGCAGCGUUCCUGCUGCCACCUCGUGACAAGCACACCGAGCCCUGGGCCUGCUCCAAAAAGCUCACCUGCCACUAUCAGAUCUGCAAAAACCACCGGGAAGAGCUGUACACAGUGACGUGACAUGGCCAGCUCGGGGACGCCUGCAGCUUUGAUGAUGACCUCUCUAGCCAGGGGCAGAACCAAGGGAGAGGGACCCUAUCCAGAUCAAUUUCCACCUGAAUAAAAUUGACCUGCACA